AGGAAAUGUGUCAAAUUUAUGCCAAAUUCAUUACAUGCUUAAAACAGCUGAUUAACUCAAUUUUCUAUGAUUUUAAUCAAAGAUUAUAUUUGUUGCUGUUGUAAUGAACCAAUGGGAGAAAAUGAAAUAGAUGAAAGAUCACCAUUGCUCAAUCCUAAUCAACACGCUUCAAACAUAAAUGAAAUAAUUAUAGACGUUCCUGUUAACGAUGAAGGCUCAUGUCUAAAUAAUAUACUUCACAAAACUGCAAGUAAUAUUAUAGAUGUUGCUGCAACUGAUAGUUAUAUUUUUGAUCAAAAUGAAUUUAUGGAUAGGACUCAAUAUUAUAAAACUGUUUUGUCAAAUAUUUCUCCUUUAAUUUUGAAACAAAUUGCUUUCAAAAUUGACAAAAAUCUCGGGAGCUCUUGCACGUACUGGAAGCACGAAGAUAUUAACAAAUUAUUUUCUGGAGAAGUUAGUAAAAGCAUUUCAAAUAAGCCACAACAUGGAGACACCAAACAUACUUCUCGAUAUUCCUUUACCAAAAUGUUAAAUAUUGGUGGAAAAGGAGAUUAUAAAAAUAAAAGUGGAGUCGCAAAAUCGAAAACUUCUAAAAAUAAUCUCACCUUGAAUAUUGAAGAAGAUCCACAAAUAUAUCUAAACAAGAAUCCUCAUUUUAGCUCUCAAGGAUUGGGCGAAGAAGCAAUAAUUUCUCAAUGCAAAUAUUUGUGUGAAUUUAAUCGUUCAAAGAAAGAUCUUGAACAAGUUCAAAUAAUCGAAAAAAUCGAUAUAUGGUAUGAAAAUAUUUUACAAGCCUUAAGUCAAAUCAAGAUUCAACAUAAAGAAGAUUUUGUUAUACAAUUUUGAAAAAUAAUUGUUAAAAAAUUUUUAAUUAAUUUAAUA